CCGUGGAAGUGGGGGAGGAGCGGCGUGUUUCCCGUUCGGCUUCGCUUCCUUUGGAGCAGUGCCUUGUGAACAAGAAGAGGUAUAGUUUGAUUUCCGAUUAUUAGUGAGGGUUAAGAUUUAGUUUAUGGAGGGUUACAUUUUUAAAAUUGGGGACUGAGGCCCUACAGUUGUAGUAGUAGCAACUGGACCAGAUUCGGGAGCCAAAGUGUCCGGGCUUCGAGGAAAGGAAAGGGGAGGGAAGGAGAGCAAGCGAGGGAGGGGGCAGGGGCAGUGUGUGUGCAUGCGGGAAUUGUUGCGCUUGGAGGCGUUUAGCGAUCGAGCGAGUCGGGGAUCUGUGCGUUGGAGUGCGGGAUCUCGUUGCCGAGGAUCCAAGCUAUUUGCCGACACCACGCUUGCGCUGUUAGGUGUUCAUGCAACCUUGGUGAUGUACUAUCUGCAAAUAUUUGAAAGGUUUGAACUUGAGAAUUCGCCCGAUCUCAGAUGCUUCUAAGAUUUUGACAAAGAAAGAGUAGUAUAUACUCUACCUUGGAAGCUAUGUCGUCUCCUGGAGGAGUUCCUGGAGGAUCUCCAAGGGCAAUUCCUGGAGGAAUUUCUUCUCCAAGAGCAAUUCGUAGCAAUACUUUCCAUGGCCGUCGCCCAUCAUGGCCUCUUGCAGAGUAUGUGCACAAGCCAACUUUGGCCAUGUUGGAUCACGAUCCUGGGGCCCCUUCUGCACUAGCAUGGCGACGCAAGCUUAACAGCCAUGCUGAUUUCCUGACAGAGUUUCGAGUCACCUUUAUGGAAGCUGUGAGAAUGAUAACUUUAGGAAUGCGUAUGUGGUUUUAUGUGAAGUCAGAGCGAGCUCAAGGCCGGGCUCCUCCAAUUGAUCCUUUCAAUCGCGAGACGAAGCCCUCUGCUUGUCAUGGUGUACCGUGCGGUGGAAUGGGGGGUGGAAGUAUAGGCCGUGGCUUCAGGGGGGAUUUUAGAAGAUGGCAGUUAAUUCCUGGCGUCUGUGAGGAAGCUCCCGUGUUAGCCGAUCAAUUUUCGGUUUUUGUUAAACGUGAUAAGGGCAAUGGAGUUGUGAAGAAAGAUGCAUCUGUGCUGUACCCUGGUCGACCACAAGAACUUUCAGAUACGAAAGAUGAUACCAGUGUAUCGUCUUGGGACUGGAAUCUAGAUGGCCAGAACUCAACAUAUCAUGCUCUUUUCCCCCGUGCGUGGACAAUAUAUGAAGGUGAACCAGACCCAGACCUAAAAAUAUCGUGCCGGCAAGUUUCUCCAUUUAUUCCUCACAAUUACGAAGAAAGUAGCUUUCCUUGUUGUGUGUUUUCUUACGUGGUCAUGAAUACUGGCAAACAAGCUGCAGAUGUCACCCUCCUUUUCACUUGGGCUAAUUCUAUUGGUGGAAACUCAGCUACUACUGGUGGACACUUCAAUGAGCCUUUUGAGGAGGAAGGUGGUGUGAGUGGUGUUCGUCUUCAUCACAAGACUGGUGCCAAAGGGGGCCGUCCUGUUACAUUUGCCAUCGCAGCAAAGGAAAUGCGUGAUGUGACCUUGACUACCUGUCCUUGUUUCUCGCUAGGGGGUAAAGAGGUUGAAGUUACUGCAAAAGACAUGUGGACAGAAGUGAAAGAGAACGGAAGUUUUGAUAAAGAAAAUUGGAAUUUUAAACCCUCUGCACCGACUCGUCAAGGUUCUGCAAUUGGUGCUGCGAUUGCUGCUCGUGUAGAGGUACCUCCAGGUGAAAAACGUGAUGUCGUUUUCUCGUUAGCAUGGGACUCUCCAGAAGUCAAGUUCUUGAAGGGCAAGUCUUACCACAGACGCUACACGUCCUUCUAUGGCACAGCUGGAGAUGCAGCAUCCAAACUGACACGUGACGCCCUCCGUGACUAUCGGAAAUGGGAGAUAGCAAUAGAAGAUUGGCAGCAACCAGUACUUAAAGAUGAAAAACUCCCUGAAUGGUAUCGUGUCACACUCUUCAACGAGUUGUAUUACUUAGUUGCUGGUGGCACUAUCUGGACCGAUGGUUUGCCAGCGUUACAAGGACCGUCAGAGCUCUCAACUGUAACCUCCGUACAUACUUCUGCUCCUUGUUCUCCCUCCAAGGAAGAGAUAUCCAGUGCAACAAGCUUGGAAGUCCCUUUCCCUCUGGAUCUUUUGAAGGUUGGUGAAGGUAUAGAUGUGUACUCAGCUUCUUCCGGUCCUGACCUAAGCACAGUAAGAGAAAAUGACCAAGAAGGCGAGGAUACUGGUUUAAAUACAGAUGUUGCACCUUCAGCAGAUUUUAAUCCGUUUCUUCAAGGACUAGGAGAUGAAGAAGUUCAAUAUAUUUCUGAAUUAGAACAUGUAGCUGGAUUCCCUACAAGUGAAUCUUUGUUUAGCCUUAGAGAUAAAGCUGAGUUGGAGUUAGCUGCCAGCCAAGAAACUGAGCGAUUGCAAUCCGGGGAGACUGCUGAUCAAAUGCAAACAGAAACGUUGGAACACCUGAUAUUGAAGCAAAUGCAAACAGCAAUGUUGGGUUCCUCCGAGGCUGGAAUAGCCACAGGGCCCAGUCUACUUCAGGAGGGUGAAGAGAAUGUUGGACAGUUCCUUUAUCUAGAAGGUAUUGAGUACAUCAUGUGGAAUACUUAUGACGUUCAUUUCUAUGCGUCAUUUGCACUCCUUGCUCUAUUUCCGAAGCUGGAACUUGCAAUACAACGUGAUGUCGCCGCAGCUACUCUUUCUCAGAAUCCUGAAAAAGUUAAAUAUAUGGCUGACGGGGGCGUGGGGAUAAGGAAGGUGUUUGGCGCGGUUCCGCACGAUCUUGGGCAACAUGACCCUUGGGUUGAAGUUAAUGCAUACAACAUCCAUGACACUAGCCACUGGAAAGAUCUUAAUCCAAAGUUUGUUCUUCAGGUUUACAGAGAUGUGGUUGCUACAGGAGAUAGACAAUUUGCCAAAGCUGUUUGGCCAGCUGUAUAUGCAGCAAUGGCGUACAUGGACCAAUUUGAUCGGGACCGGGAUGGUCUGAUUGAGAACGAUGGAUUCCCGGAUCAGACAUAUGAUACGUGGUCUGUUCAUGGUGUUAGUGCAUACUGUGGAGGUUUGUGGAUAGCUGCACUGCAAGCUGCGGCUGCCAUGGCUGAUCUUGUAGAUGAUAAGGAUGCAGCCACUUAUUUCAAAGGAAAAUUUAAUCAAGCUAGAGAUGUUUAUGAGCGAAAGCUUUGGAAUGGAGAGUAUUUCAACUAUGACAGUGGAACAAGCAGUAACAGUAACUCAGUUCAGGCUGAUCAACUGGCAGGCCAAUGGUACGCUUGGGCAUCGGGUUUGCCACCUCUUUUCGAUGAUUACAAAGCUCGCAGCGCAUUACAGAAAGUAUUUGACUUCAACGUGAUGAAGGUCAAGGGUGGUAAGUGGGGAGCUGCAAACGGCAUGCAUCCCAAUGGAAAGGUGGAUGAAACUUGCAUGCAAUCACGUGAAAUCUGGACUGGGGUAACAUAUGCAGCAUCAGCAGCUAUGAUACACGAAGGAAUGGUUGAGCAGGCGUUCACAGCUGCUCAGGGUGUGUUUCUAGCCGGCUGGUCUGAUCUCGGAUAUUGGUUUCAAACUCCGGAAGCAUGGACAAUCGAUGGCUACUUCAGAUCAUUGGCGUACAUGCGGCCGCUUGCCAUCUGGGCAAUGCAGUGGGCAUUGUACCCCCCCAAGUCCAUAGCGGAAGCUCCUCGUGUACCAUCAAUGGACAGGGGCUCCGCACUUGUCACCCAUGAUCGAUUUUCCUCAUUAGCUAAUGCCCUCCGCAGCACAUCUCUACCACAUUCAACAUUCAUUUGCAGAUAGGUCUAUUCUGCAUCUCCUUUGUUGAGAGAGGCCUUCUGCCGAAUCGACUUGGAAACGUUAUAAAAUUAUCUCAAAUUCAGCCGUUAUACAAAGUUCACAUACAACAAAAGCACCCUUUUAAUCAGUGCAUGGGUGCUCUUUGUUACAAUGAGAUUAGCAUCUCUUAUUAUAUUGUAGAUGUAGGUUAACUUUGGUAUCAUCCUUCAUCACAUGGUCUAAUUUCUGAAACGAGUUUGUGCUCUGAGUUUGUGCUCCUGGGUCAAUCUUCACUGAUUAUUGUUACCUUAUCUGGUUUUCAAUUUUGUAUAAAACCUCUGUUGUAACAAAA